AUGAUCCACUCAACAAUUCCUCGAGUUGGAUCUGGCGCUGGAUCACAAGUUGAAGCGCUGGCAAUAGGUGGCUGCCAAACCCGAGCUCUUUGGCGUCAUGAUGAUGCUGCAGCCCGAGAGCUCGCCCAGCAUCUUGUGGACGAGAAGCUGCUGCCGUUGCUGGUCAACAAUUUGUAUCAAUUCGCAGCGAUGGCUGAUGACGUGGAGAAGGAUGGUCAGAAGACAGAGACGGCGGUUUUGUACUAUUCACUGCAGAUUCUGGAGAAUCUAGUCGACCUCGAGCCCCAAGUGUGUGCUGAUGUGGUGUGA